AUGAAUUCGCUUUUUGAUGCUCUUCCGGAAGCACCGAACAGCCCAGAUCCACUUGAUUCACCUAUCGCUUCAUCCAUACUAAAGGGCGCUAAGGAGUACAACAAAAAAAACGAUCUAUGGAACAAGACCGUUGCAGCGAGAGCAGAUCGAGAGCAGAUGCUUUUGAAGGCUACGCAAGCAGUUUUCGACGAUACUGUAUUAACAAAGUCCGUUCCAAGAUAUCCAACGGAUCUCUGGGCUGGUUAUGGCUUCAGCUGUUCUCUUCCUGCUGACCUAUUGAAAGGGAUUCUGGAUUUACCUGAGGAGACCAAUGUCCCCGAGGGCAGACCGAUUUUGGGAAGGGAUGCUAAAACGCCUCCAAGAGGAUUGUGUGCAGUUCGUGAAGAGGACGAGCUGUCUGAAUUUUCUGGUUCAUUUAGCAGCAAUUCAAUGAAUUCUGCCAAUCGUGCCUUUGAAAGGAAGAAUCGAUCUGCAUUUUCCGCUUCUACUUCAAUAUUUGACUCCUCACCUAUUGUUUCGGAAUUUACUUGGGACAUUCAAGUGUUCGUAGAUCCGGCGAUGGUCCUUGCACAGCUUGGAUGCAGCGAGUACAUGACGCAGUUGAGAGAACAAGAGAUAGACAUGCAUGCUUUUCUUUUGCUGGACGAGCAGAACCUUAAAGAUAUUGGUGUAUCAACGAUAGGUGCGCGCAAGAAGAUACAUCAUGCGAUAAUUAGUAAGUUGCCAACAGAUUUCCAUUUUAUUAUGACAUUUUCCGCUUCUACUUCAAUAUUUGACUCCUCACCUAUUGUUUCGGAAUUUACUUGGGACAUUCAAGUGUUCGUAGAUCCGGCGAUGGUCCUUGCACAGCUUGGAUGCAGCGAGUACAUGACGCAAUUGAGAGAACAAGAGAGCAUCAUAGUUUGUUUUCAGAUAGAUAUGCAUGCUUUUCUUUUGCUGGACGAGCAGAACCUUAAAGAUAUCGGUGUAUCAACGAUAGGGGCGCGCAAGAAGAUACAUCAUGCGAUAAUUAGUAUGUUGGCAACAGGUUUCCAUUCUAUUAUGAAAUAUCAUUUUCCAAAUAAAGGCAAAGCUUCAAGGGGAAGUUUUUAUAAACCAAUAGAGUAA